AUGGGAAGUGCUUGCACGGGAGAUGUCUUUUCUCCUGGAGAGCUAAGGACUAAAAAAAUGUUACGGCGGCUAGGAAAAUUUGCUGACGUGGUUUUGACAUCUUCUAGAUUUUUUAAAAAUUUAGGAACUUUUGAUCCGCUUCACCAGGUGAUUCAUCACUAA